AUGUACGGCAAGGGCAAGGGCUCCGGUGUGCCCUCGGACGGCCAGGCCCGGGAGAAGCUGGCACUGUACGUCUAUGAGUACCUGCUGCACGUGGGGGCCCAGAAAUCGGCCCAGACCUUCCUGUCAGAGAUCCGAUGGGAGAAGAACAUCACCCUGGGCGAGCCCCCCGGCUUCCUUCACUCCUGGUGGUGCGUGUUCUGGGAUCUGUACUGUGCUGCUCCCGACCGCCGGGAGACCUGCGAGCACUCCAGCGAGGCCAAAGCCUUCCAUGACUAUAGCGCAGCAGCAGCCCCCAGCCCGGUGAUGGGGAACCUGCCCCCUGGGGACGGCAUGCCUGGAGGGCCCAUGCCCCCUGCCUUCUUCCAGGGACCCACGGGCUCUCAGCCAUCGCCCCACGCCCAACCUCCACCCCACACCCCCGGGCUCCCCCCCAUGCUGGGGCCGCACAGCCAGCCCUUCAUGUCCCCUCGCUACCCCGGCGGCCCCCGGCCCCCGCUCCGGAUGCCCAACCAGCCCCCCGUGGGUGUCCCUGGCUCCCAGCCGCUGCUUCCCAGUGCCAUGGACCCAGCUGCACGCCCGCAGGGGCAUCCCGGCAUGGGGGGGCCGAUGCAGCGAAUGAACCCCCCAAGAGGCAUGGCUGGGAUGGCCCCGCAGGCACAGGCUGGGGCUCUCCCCUGCCCUGCUGACCUUCUGCCCUCCCUGCAGACCUUCGGCAGUGGGAUGCGCCCCCCCCCCAGCUCGCUGCCCGGCCCAGGCAUGCCUGCCAUGAACAUGGGCCCCGGGGGCCGCGGGCCCUGGCCAAACCCCAACGCCAAUUCCAUUGCCUACUCCUCCUCAUCCCCUGGGAACUACGUGGGCCCUCCUGGGGGUGGUGGCCCCCCUGGCACCCCUAUCCUGCCCAGCCCCGGAGACUCCACCAACUCCAGUGAGAACAUGUACACCAUGAUGAACCCCAUCGGGCCUGGGGGCAGCAGACCCAACUUCCCAAUGGGGCCUGGAUCUGAGGGGCCCAUGGGUGGCAUGAGUGCAAUGGAGCCACAUCACAUGAAUGGAUCCUUAGGUUCCGGGGAUAUGGAUGGGCUGCCAAAGAGCUCCCCCAGUAACCUGGGGGCGCUGAGCAACCCCCCCGGGACGCCGCGGGACGAGGCGGAGCUGAGCAGCAGCUUCCUGAACCCCUUCCAAAGUGACAGCUACUCACCCAGCAUGACCAUGAGCGUGUGA